AUGGCGGACCCACCCGCGGGAGGGCCCGAGACCCCUCCCACAAACACCCAAGAAACCACCGCCAGCCUCACCGAGGAAGAUUCCAUAGCCAGAACCGCCACCGCGAACCGGAAGCGAACCCGGAGUGGAGAUGCCUUCGCCCCGUCGGAUCCAAACGGUCGAAUCACCACCAAAGAGGUGUGGAAACUGAUCAGCACGCUGAAAGACAUCAUCCGCCACCAAACAGCGACCAUCUCAACCACCCAAAAUGAACUCCAGGAGAUCAAACACAACCAGAAUGUCCUCUAG